AUGGGACCCACUGUGUUGGGGACGGGGUGGACCAGUGACACUGUGUUGGACCUGGUGGCAAGGCAUGCAGAACGACCGCUAGCACUGAUCGACACAGGUGCUCUGAUUAGCAAUAUGAGCAACGUGGAGGUGGCCAUGGAGUUGUUACGAAGGGGUCUGGAACACGUGGACGGAGUUGUCUAUAUGGACCAGGAGGACAGACAGAUGGUGUUGCUGAGGGACCGUUACAGGACCUCUUUAUUGACACACUGCGGGAUACCACCGGAACGUAGGUUCACGUUCUACGACCAGGUACACGCCACGGGACAGGACAUCAGACAGUGUGCCACGGCGAUGGCGAUGAUCACAGUGGGUCCCAACAUGACCUACAGAGACUACUCCCAGGGGGCAUGGCGGAUGAGAGAGGUGGGUCGGGGACAGACAUUGCACCUAGUGGUGCCGAGAGAGUUGGACAGAGUGAUCGAGAUGGAGCAAGGAGAGGCACAGUUGAAGAUAGUACAAUGUCUACAGUGGUUGGUUGUCAAAGGUGUGUUGGAGGAUGUGAGACUCAAGACAGUGUUGGAGGAACAACAACGAGAGAAUGCCGUGAGAAAACAAGCAUUUGUGAAGAUGAUAGAAACAAGUGACGAUGAGAGUGCUAUUGACACGUUCCUAGAGUACAAAGAGUACGGGGUGGAUAUUUCAAUGACGGAGAGUUGUGGUUGUAAUGGCCAACAUAAGAAGCUCACUUGUCCCCCGGGUAACCUGAAAGAAUGUAUUGAUUGGAUUCUAAGGGUAACGAAUAAGGAUAAUGGGCGGAAUGGUGGUAAGAGUGGGAAUGGUGGUGAGAAGCUUGGAAAGGAGGUUGGGGAGUUACUUGAAGGAGCUAAUCAAUACCUGGAAAGGUUAACUAAUGAUGCUCGAGGCGAUGCCACUGACAAACUCAAAAAGGAUCAACAAGUGCUUCAAGCAGUAAAACAACAGUUGAAUGAUGGUCCUUCUAAUUUGAUCACUGCAUUGGCCGAUAAGUUGAAGAACUUCCUUGGUGGUAUUAAGAAUGGCAAUGGUGGUGCUACCAAUAAGUACACCUCUUCUUACGAUAAUGUUUCCGCCGAAAAUGAACAACAACAACUUUGCGGUCUCAUCUUCCUCGGCGCGCUCCCCCUAAUGUUUUCUGGUUUAUCGUAUUUGUAUUGGCGGUGUAAUAAAGGUAAUCGUGAUGGUGCUACUGCUGGUGAACGUUGGACCAAUGCAACUAAAAUUACUAAUACCAAUGCAGGUAUCGGCGUCUAUUUCGCCUGUUGUGGUUAUAACACUAGUCAUCUCAAUGACACUAAGAAUGCUGGCGAAAUCAAAAAUUUACUUGGUACCAAUUGUUUCAAAGAAGAAUUCAACAACGGUGCCACUGCCAACGUCCAAGAUGACUACUCGAAAUACAUCAACGGUGUACUAACCAACACCAAUGCCACAGAAUACCCCCUCUCCAGCCUCUACCUCGCAUCACAAUACUAUUUCCAAUAUAAAUUCAACAAUGGCACCCAUGUCCCAACCACCAUCAGGGAAAUGCUCUACUGGCUCAUGGCGCUGCCCUACAGUGCGUGUUUCCAGCUAGCACCUGCAACUAUUCGACAGGGUAUCCAUCACCACAAUAGUAGUGGUAGUGGUGGUACGAAGGAGGUAAUUGAAUUCCACAUUAGUUAUAACACUGACAUCACUUUAGACAGUGACACUGACCCUUUCGAUUGUUAUCUGUCAACCACUUGUCAUUACGCCGGGGUGGUACUAUGCACAAUACAAGGUACACUAAUAACCAAUGGUAUGACUAAAACUGUCAAUAAGAAACUAACGCUUGCUGACAUCUACUCGAAUGAUGCUUUCAACUUUAAUUAUCCCACUACAGCUAAUGCCCUAUUCCCCGUUCUAUGGGAUAUAAUUUACUGUUUAUUGUUUCAAUUAUAUUUCCUUAAAUCGCAAUGUAGAACAUGUUUCGGCGCCGGUCGUGGUUGGCGGUGGUGCAAAUAUGGUAAGGAGAUCAAGGAUGAUGGCUGUUCAUCUUGGAUUUGCACAGUACAGACUAUUAAUGAGCAUGCUAACAAUCGCUGCAAUUACGCUUUCAAUUGCAAACCUGAUAACCACACCAAAUGCGGCCAAUCCGACAAUCCCUCCCCCCUACAAGCUUGUCUAAAAGAUAAACUUUUGAGUUUUCAAUGUGCCAAUGAUAACACAAAGUUAGCUUACACCGACCAUGUUUCCCAUCGCAAUUUCAAUCAAUAUUGCUUCGUUCCAAUGGGAUUCAACAAAGACUGUCUAUCACAGUCACAUCGCACGGGUCACUAUAUCGAGGGGAUACUAGAUUACUUCACCCAAAGUGAUCGUGACUCCGUCAGUCUCUACAACAUAAUCAUAUGUCUAAUCUGCUGCAGCCUGCGCACCCCCCGUACAGUCGGUGACCUUUUCUGUUUUUUCUUGCGUAUUGGUGAGAAUAUGCAAAAUGGUGAUCUCGCUACUGCCAUUGAAAAUGAAUCUAAGAAUAUAUCAUGGAAAUGUAAAGAUGCCAGUUCCAUCACUGACGCUGUUAAAACCCUAGCUGGCGAAGAACAUACCGAUGAGUCUGACGAAGCCGGUGAACACAGCGACAACAAACCCACCCUCCACAGCCUCUACGACAGCACUUGCGGUAGUAACGUAACCUGCGGUUCCUAUCUCGAACCACUUUCUAACGUUAUCUAUUGUAAUAUCUCUGAAAUUUUCGCUGGAACGUACAUACAAGGAAUUGUCUACCUAACGGAUGUUUUCGAAAAAGGUCUGCGCGACUUACUAGCGAGAUUCACAGAACUCAAAUGUGAGCAUGAUAAACACACGUUAUGCCCCGCCGGUUGUCAUGGCAACGGAAACAACUGCCAAUGUCCCACCAUCGUCCAAUGCGGUGACGUCCUACCCCUUUUCUUCAAAUUCGGCUUCGUAUACUACGAUCACCAUGCAUUGAAUGAAACAGGUGGCAACGGACGUAAAUGCUCCGCAUUCGCCAACCAACUACAAAAUGUCAUCGACAAAGCAUUCUCCAACCUCCUCUCCUCUAUAAACAUCUUUCUCUAUCACAUCCGACAACCCUUCCUCCUGUACCUCCUCACCUUCUACCUACUCGCCAUCAUCUACCUAACAUACUCACUAACAAUACCACUCGACGUUCUACACCUACGGUCACACCUACGUACUGCCGUGCUAUCACCACUAGUGCUACUCACCAACUACACACAACCACAUGACAUCACAUACUUCAAACCGUAA